AUGUACAUCUUACAGCGGGCCCGCCGAUUGACCGCGGGAUGGGAGCUCUUGAGCCUCGAAUUCGACCAUGAACUCUUCGCGCGCGCUCUAUCACUCGGGUCCGCGACGAAGGGCUCGGCUGAAGCGUACGUUGUGCCCCGCGACGCAUACAUAGGCGUGCCCUCAUUCUCGAGAAUCAUCAAGGAGCACAGCGAAGUCGACGUCGUCGCCCAGACCGAGAUGAUGCUUGACCAGGGCGUCAAUGCAGGGUAUCGCCGACUAGAUCUCUCGGUCAAGGGCCGUUUGCGCGGCUACAUGCUGGGCCGCCAGAAUGAUGUUGGCGUCGGUAUUGAUCACGGCAUCGUAUGUGAUCGCUCGGAGCUGAUCUCGCGUCGUCGCUAUGCGAGCGCCGUGCUCAUGGACGGGCUAUUGACUGGUAACGAUAAGAACGACGGCUCCUGCGUCACGGCCGACUACGUACAUAUGCCCGUGCCUCUGCCAAAGGGCAUUGUCUCUGCUUUAUUCAGGUCGAACCCUAGCCCGAGCUGUUACUUCUUGCUCCGUCGAACCUCGGAUGGCUACAUCUCCGCUAUGGGCCUGUUCAAGGCUACCUUUCCGUACGCGAAAGUUGCAGAUGAGGAGGCAGAGCGAGCCUAUAUCAAGUCGCUGCCUAGCACGAGCCUAGACGAGACUGACGGUGCACCUUGGAUUCCGGAAGAGCAAGCUCUACAGUUGGCUGCCGAGUAUAAUAUCACCCCGUGGAUACAGGCUCUCCUCGACGACACACCCAUUCACCCCGACAUCGGCCCCGUCCUCGGCCCGGUGGCGGUCAGUGGGCCGCGUCGAUCCAAGUCUUCACUCGAGCCUCAAAUUCCCCCCAGCCGCUCUUCGAGAUUGCGGCGUAUAGAGAGCCCUCCCGACUCGCACGUCGCGGAGUCAUCAGAGGCUAGUGCCUCUCCAUGA